AAUCACCUGCCAUUAACAGGUAUUUGAAAAGCUUUCCUUCGGCAGCGAAACUAAAGGAGGCUGACUCGGUCUGGCUUGGUUUUUUUUUUUUUUUUAACUCUGAAACUUUAAAGAAAAAAUACAACUUUCUAUUCAUAACAACCAAGACACCCUCCAGCCUGCUCUGGCCCUCUGCUCAUUAUGGGCUGCGGCCUUCACGGUGGGCAGUGAUGUGUGCUUGAAUCCAGAGGAUGCCAUGGGCCGAGUUUCUGCAGCUUGUCAGCUGCAUAGGACUCUUACGAGCCUUGGAGAGAGACCCGAGGGGUGGAAAUCUCUCAGUGCCUCUUUGCUUGCAGCUGGAAACACCUGGGGGUUAAGUGGAGCUUCAGGGACAAGUGUACCAAAGGUGCUCUAGAAGGCUGUCCAAGAGCUUCUGAGCGUAGGUUGCCUGGCACACAUAAGUCAUGCAUAUUUAUUUGCCAGAAGAGCUGCUCGGCUAAAAGGCCAGCAGUGUUACCUGAUAUCUGCAGCAACCAAGACAUUUGUGUGUGUCCCGUGGCGGUGCCUGAUGGUGUCCGAGGACAAGGCAGAGGGAGCUCAGGGGCUCUGGAUGACUGCUUGAGGGAUCUGGGCCGCAUGUGGUAUUUUCUUCCGCCACGUGCAGUGAGCCAGACCCAGGAAGGCUCUAGAGGUGAAUGGCCGGCAGCCUGGCGUUCCCAGCAACAGUGUGGGAGUUUGAGCGUGGGUUACUCUACAGGACAGCAGGCCUGAUGGUGGCACAUGGGCUACAUCUGCCUCAAAGGGAAAAAGGCUCUUGGCUCCAGAGUUAGCAGGGCUCCUUGAGAGAGCUUUAAGUAGCAUUGGAAGUGGAAAAGGGAGUAAACCAGGCUGACGGGGGAGAUGCGUCAGCACUGCACAGCCAUGUUUGCGUGACAGUGGAGGAUGGAAGCAGUGCUGCCAUCAAAGGUCAUGAAAGUGUAGCAGAAGUCAUGGGAAAAGCAGGUUUUUGCCACAAUUCUUUCAGACCAAAAUACUACCAAAGAAACACUCUUGAAUUUGGGCUUUUUACAGCAGCCUUCAUCCAGGUCUUCUUCUAGGGAAUUUCUGAGGAAUAAGACAUGAGUGCCUCUGCAUUCCCAUGCACAAUGCUGCCUCCAAAAUACUCCAGCCCUUCUCCAUUUGGCUCAUUCCAUUCCUGUGCAGAAGAAGGAAAUUCAGUAGAGGGGAGGUGCAAGAAUUCACAGGCAACGUGGGUGUACAUUGGGGCCUUCACAGCCAUCACUUUGGUAUGAGGUCACAGAGCUCUGUUUGAUGUCAGGUUCCAGAGCCCCACUGUGCUCUUCAGUGCUCACUCUGGGCAACACUGCAGCAGCAGCAGCAGCAGCAGCAGAAGAGUGUUUCUAGCAGGGGGGAUCAUGGUCCUGAGCCGCUACCUCCUGCUGCUCUUUCUCGUGGCCCUGCCAGCCCAGAAUGCCCAGAGUGCUCCAGCAGCUGGGCAGGGAGCAGAGACAGAUUCUGAGACUGUGCCGGAGACCUUAGCUGUGGAAGAAAGUGACAUUGUGCCAGGCUCACAUGAAAAAAGAGAACCAAUAGAGGACACCAGGACACUUGCUGAGCCUGAGGAAUAUUCAGGGUCAUCCGGUGGGCAAAAAGCCGAGACUGCUGGACACUGUGACCCGAGCAAGUACUACAUCCUAGUAGGGACAGUAGCAGCCUCAGCUUUGCUUCUGCUUGGGGCAGUGUCUGGCUAUCUAGUCAUGCAUCAGCUGCUGAAGAGAGACAGGAGGAGCCAGGAGGACAAAGAGGCAACAGGACAGGACUGGGACUCUUCCUGGGAAAGCUGUGGUCAGCCUAGAGGUGAAGCAGAGCCAGGAGAAGAAGCAGGAAGCGGCGAGAGAGCCCAAGGCAACGGGUUCAGGGACAGCUGCCGCCUGUUUCCUGAGCUCUUUGCAGCAGAGCUCGCCCGGCUGUACAAGAACAUGAGCGCAUACCCGUCACCUCUGCCCACCUGCUCCUUCUGUGCUCUGGCUGACAACGCCUCUUCACGGGACCACUGGAUUUCCCUGGAGUCACCUCAGCCCACAGCAUCCUCUUGGCCCUCCUACCACCAAUACCUGCAGGACUACUAUCUCUUAGAGGAUGAUGAUUAGUGAUAGUGAUAGCCAUAAAUAGUGAUAGUGAUAGCCAUAAAUAGUGAUAGUGGUAGUGAUUCUUUUAGUGAUAGUGAUAGGGACACUUGAUAUUAGAGGGUGGUGGUUGUUUUAAUGAUAGUGAUAGUUAAUAUUAGAGGAUAGUGAUGGUUUUAAUGAUAGCGUUAGUUAAUAUUAGGGGAUAGUGAUUGUUUCAAUGAUAGCGUUACUUGAUAUUAGAGGAGGGUGAUUGUAUUAGUGAUAGUGAUAGUCAUAAAUAGUGAUAGUGGUAGUGAUUCUUUUAGUGCUAGUGAUAGGGAUACUUGAUAUUAGAGGGUGGUGGUUGUUUUAAUGAUAGUGAUAGUUAAUAUUAGAGGAUAGUGAUUGUUUUAAUGAUAGCGUUCUUUGAUAUUAGAGGACAGUGAUUGUAUUAGCGAUAGUGAUAGUUAAUAUUGGAGGAUGGUGAUUGUUUUUGUGAUAGUGGUACAUUUAGUGAUAGUGAUACUUGGUAUUAGCAGACAAUGAUUGUUUUCUUGAUCUUGAUAAAUAAAUAUUUUUCCAAAAGCAGUAAA